GUCGUGUCGCUUUCCACGUCACUCCGCAGUUGCACCUGGCUCUGCUGCAUGCUGCCGCACCACGGUAAAAUGAUGCCUCGUCGUCUCGUCUCCUACCUGCUGGGUGCUGGCACAGUGGCACUGGCAGCAGCAGCAGCCCAGCAGCCAUGGAAGACUUGCUCUACUACUCCCUCACCAUACUCAUCUGCAUCGCGGUCAUCCCCCUCCUCUCCACCCUCCGCCGUCCAUCCACCGCCACCGUAACGCCGCCGCCGCUCCCGCCGGGCCCGUCGACGCUACUAUCACUAAUCACUCCGCUGCUCUUCCUGGGCCGAACGAACUUCGGCAUCGAGCGCGUCCUCACCGCGGCACGGUCCAGGUACGGCCCCAUCUUCACGCUCCACCUCCUCCCGUCCCGCCCGGCCAUCUUCAUCGCCGACCACGCCGUGGCGCGUCGCGCGCUGGUGCAGCGCGGCGCCGCCUUCGCCGACAGGCCCCCCGCGGGCCUCGCCUUGCGCCUCUUCUCCAGCGGCCAGCGCAACAUCACGUCCGCCGCCUACGGCCCGCUCUGGCGCGUCCUCCGUCACAACCUCACCGGCAAGCUGUUCCACCCGUCGCGCCUCGCCCGGUUCGCCGCCGCCCGCCGCAAAGCGCUGCGGGGUCUCGUCGCCGCCGUCGUCGCGCGGCAGCAGAUGAUGGUGGGCGGCCCCGACGGCGGCGACGGGGUGGCCGUCGUCGUCGUCGUCGUCGAGGGGCUGCUGCACCGGGCCAUGUUCCACGUCCUCGUCGCCAUGUGCUUCGGCGACCGCCUCGCUACCGACGACGUCGUCGCGGCCGUCGAGGCGCUGCAGCGGGAGUUCCUCACGUCCGUGCUCGGCUUCCAGGUGUUCGACGUGUGUCCCGGGGUCACCACGCGCCUGUUCCGCCGCCGGUGGGAGCAGAUGCUGUCCCUCCGGCGCCGCCAGGAGGAGCUCUUCGCGCCUCUCAUACGAGCGUGCCGCGCGCAACGGGACGCCGCCGCCGCCGGCGACGACGACGGCGACGGCACGACGUACGUGGACACGCUGCUGGAUCUCCGGAUCCCCGAAGACGGCGGCAGGAACCUCACGGAGGGCGAGAUGGUGAGCCUGUGCGCCGAGUUCGUCGCCGUCGGCACCGACAACACGGCCACCGAGGCGCAGUGGAUCAUGGCCAACCUCGUGACGCAGCCGGAGAUCCAAGCGAGGCUCCGUGCCGAGAUCCACCAGGUCACCGGCGGCGGCGGCAGCGCCUGCAUCCAAGAGGAGGACCUGCCGCGGAUGCCGUACCUUCGCGCCGUCGUGCUGGAGGGGCUCCGACGCCACCCGCCUGGCCACUUCGCGAUCCCGCACGCGGCGACCGGCGGCAUCGACGACGGCGGCGACGGCGGGCUGUCGCUCGAAGGCUUCCGCGUGCCGAGGCGCGCGUCCGUCAACUUCCCGCUCGUCGCGCUGGGGCUGGACGAGGCGGUGUGGCCGGACCCGCUGCGGUUCCGGCCGGAGCGGUUCCUGGCCGGCGGGGAAGGCGCGGACGUCGACCUCACCGGCGCGAAGGAGGUCAAGAUGAUACCGUUCGGCGCCGGGCGGCGGAUCUGCCCCGGGAUGGCGCUCGCGCUGCUGCACCUCGAGCUCUUCGUGGCCGGCCUCGUCGCCGAGUUCGAGUGGGUCCAGGUGGCCGGUGAGCCGGUGGAGUUCGCCGAGAAGCAGGAGCUGUCCGUCGUCAUGCGCCGCCCGCUCCGUGCCCACGUCGUCCGCUGCACCAGGAACGCCAGCUGACGCGGGAGAUUGUCGUUGUCGAACCGAACAUCUGCAAUUUUUUCCCUGUUGCUUGCUUGUUUGUUUGUUUGUUUGCUGAGUGAUAAGCGUAUGGUUCUCUUUUAGUAAAGUUCAGCAAAAAAUCGCCAUCGCCACCAACUUUCCUGUGGAGUCAGUCAUGUUGUUGCAUGGCCUGCUCUUGCUGGCUAUAGCUGCUUUCUUGUACUAAUGUUUCCUCGGACUCGUACUGCUAUGUUUGUUCCUUUAAUAAACACAUAUGUCUAUCCGUCGUGAUGGA